UGAUUCUCGUCAUUUCUUGGCCUUUGCUAUCAUGCUGGCGGAAGAGGUGACGAGUUGCCUGCCAGGGGCUAAACUGGCAGCGGUCACACGUGAGGCUUCCACGGGUACAAUCUACGGAGUGGUGUACCGUGAAGGCAGAGUGAGCAUGGGCUUCGACAAGAAACGCGUCCGAGCUUGGCUCCUGGGUUUGUCUGAAACGGGGCAUGGAAGCUUCUACUGGAAUGAUUUCGUUCCAGCCUGCAAAUACUGUGAAAAGGCGCUUUGGCCUGCGGGGGUGGGCCAGUGUCCAGCGUGUCAGGGUCUGAAAGGGCCCGGGCAAUGCUUUCAAUUUUCUUGUGGAGACCCAGACUCUUUCGAACCUGAAUGCGAUAAUUUUCCGGAGGAAGCUCCUCAGGCGUAUUGUGGCAGUCAUCCUUUCUUUCAGGGCUGCCGGCUCCCAGAUCAAAUGGUUGGCGAUGCGGGUCCAGCACUGUGGGAGGAGGAGGUUGAAGGUGACGAUAAUUUUAGUGUCCCCAUGGCAGCCACGUGCGGCGCGGGCUGCUCGGAGGUCUUCGUGUUUCAAGGCUACAGAUAUCGUCAGGAGACCCACACGAGACUUUUUGCCCUCAACGCGAAUGGUCCGGCAAUCAUCUCUUCAUACCAAGUGCCUCAAGCUCGCGGGCCCUACACUUUUGUGAGUUUUUUGGAGGAUUUGCCUCACCUCUUCACUCUGGUACAGGGGUACAAUGCUGCGAUACAAAUCUGGAGAUACGUACGGGGACACCGACAUACCUUUCGCAUUGACAACGCGGUCGUCAAUUUCCCUGAGCAACAGCGAUUUGGGGAGCAAGUUGUCUACCUUCGCUGGGGCGUGAGGGGCGUGUCAAGCUGCGUAGUGGCAUUGUCAAAGCACAGCAUAUGGGCCCUGGAUGUGCCUCAAGAUUUGGCCAACGCCACAGCAGCGGACUUGGCAAACAAGGUUUCGUGGCGGAAGGUGAUGGAUCUUCCACUGGAGAACCAAGAGGCCAAGAAGGAUAAGGGCGAGGAUGAGGAUUCGGACGACGAAGACCCUGAGGAGCUUCCGCCAAGGCUUUUGUCUGCUGGCCCCAAGGGCAACCAAGUCAUGAUUUUCAAGACACAAGGAUCAGAAGGUUUUUGCUUGAAGCCGUGGCUUCUUGUGGAGAUGUGUGGGGAUCCAAUGGGCAGGGAGAUCCGCGUGACCAAAGUCACAUCAACAGCAUCGGUGCCAUGGAAACGAAAGGAGGAGUUCUACGAAGUGUCACCUUGCAGAUUCACUACCACCUAUUGUUCUUUGCUGCCAACGGUUUUGCGCAUGAACGAGAGACAUGGUGGCUACUUGUUCUUUGACCAGCGUGGCCGAAUUUACCGCAUACGUGAUGAAGAGAUCCUUUCGCAGCAAGAUGAUUGGAUUGCUCCAAGUUUCGUUGCGGACAGUGUCCAGCGAGUGGUUACUUUCAAGUUUCCCGCAGAAAGUGGGGCAGGGCGCGCCUGCUUGUUCUCAGUGCUGUCGCGAUUCGAAUACUUUCAGAAAGCUUUAGACAAUUGGCGGGAAGGUGCUUCUGCCGAACUGGUUGUUACAGAUGCCACCACCCAAACCUUUGAUUUGAUGCUCCGCUAUUUCCACACCGGAACCCUUGAUAGCGAACUUACUUUGGAGAACCUGGUGGCAUUGCUUGAGCUUGGCAACAAGUAUUUGUUGCCGCAUCUCAUGGCGCUCUGCAUGGCUAAGAUCCUACGACUGCUAGCAGAGAAGGACUUCAUCAGAGAUCAGAAACCGACUUUGAUGGCAGACCUAUUGCUUCUUGCAAGUGAGGCCAGUGCUUGCGGGGCAUUCAAGUUGAAAAUUAUGGAUGCCAUUGCUUCUUGCAGACCUUCUCUCACACAUGAUGCUGACUUCCUGUCCCGGGUUGCAGCAAGAUCAGCCAAUCUCUUGGCCAAGUUGUUGUCGUCAAUAAAUCCUCCAGAAACCAGCCCCGAGCAACCUGGGAGUGUGCCGAAACGGAGGAGGAUCCGACGCGAAAGGCAAAGGACAUUGUGGGGGGAUCCUGUGUUUGGACGCCAACUGGAUGGGUUUCCCAACUCUGGGCAUGAUGACUUGCCAACUUGGAGCAAAAGUGCUUCGACCGUGGAAGAGCCUAGGCUUCCGUGAUGCUGCAGUGAUGCUAUGGGGGUUCAAGCAUGUGGGGGACAACAGAGGCAUUGGGGAAGCGUGGCAUCAAUGCUUCAGAGCUGCUGAAGCC